AUGAGUUCAUUUACAUUGGCAUUAAUUUCACUUCAGCCCGAUUUAAUAAAAAAAUAUGGCUAUCCAUCGGAGAUACACAAUAUAGAAACCGAAGAUGGUUUCAUUAUCACAGCUCAUCGUAUACCAAAAUCAGGAGGGCAACCCGUUCUGUUGGUUCAUGGAAUUCAGGACAGUUCCUCCACUUGGGUCAUUUUGGGACCUUCAAUAUCGUUGGGUUAUCUGCUUAGUCAUCAAGGCUAUGAUGUCUGGUUGUUGAAUACUCGUGGAAAUCGAUAUUCGCGAAAACACAAACGUUAUAAUCGCCGGCAGCCACAAUUUUGGGACUUCUCUUUCCACGAAAUCGGCAUAUAUGAUCUGCCAGCUGCAAUUGACUACAUUUUACAGCGUAGCAAGGGUUUUAGCCAAGUUCAUUUUAUUGGUCAUUCACAAGGCUCUACAAGCUUUUUGGCCAUGGGUAGUGAUAGACCCGAAUAUAUGAAGAAAAUCAAACUGAUGCAAGCCUUGGCUCCGGUAUCAUUCUUUGAUUAUGUUGAAGGUCCUGUAGUUACGGUUACAGCCAGAUAUGUCCGACUUAUUACGAGGACGUUGAAAAAUCUUCGUAUCUAUGAGCUUCCUCCAGAAAAUGAAACAUUUAGCAAAGUUUUUUACAAGUUGUGCACUUUCCUCAUACCCAACACCUGUGCCUAUUUUACUUUUCAAAUGGCUGGCGUGGAUGUCGAUCAAAUUAGUGUUACUUUGGCACCAUUACUAGCUGGACACUGGCCAUCCGGUAGCUCAGUGAAAGCCCUUAUGCAUUAUGGUCAACUUGUACACAGCGGUGGCUUCUACAAAUACGAUUACUACAAUCCUGACGAGAAUCGAAGGAGAUAUGGGGAUUCUGGAGCGAUACAACCACCACAAUACAAGUUGAAGAAUGUCGAUUGCAAAGUCGCCUUGUUCUAUUCCAGGAAUGAUUUGUUAACGGCUGUCAAGGAUGUGGAUCGGUUGAGUCGAAUUUUACCCAAUGUGGUGCACAAGCAAUUGAUGGCUUAUGAGAAAUUCAAUCAUAUUGAUUUUGUUUGGGGAAAGGAUGUGAAAACUAUGCUCUAUGAGGAUAUGAUUAAGCUAAUGCAAAAAGUUGAUAGGGGAGAAAUUUAACAAAAUUAUUAAAAACAACUUGUUUUUCUAAGUCUAAUAUAAGCCAAUUCUAUUUAUUCAUUUAUCUAAAAAAAACCUGUUGCAGGUCCACCCUGUGUUUAU